AUGCUUGAUUCAUCAGGAAAACAUGAUGGGAUUAUAUUACCUCUGGAUCCAACAUCUUUAGCCAGGGCAGUAAUUACAAAAAUUGGAGAAAUCUGUAAAAUUCCAGAGGAAAGGGUUCAAAAAAUAUUAGACCAUGAAGUUGAGAUAUUUGAGCAAUUAAAAAUCAUAUUAAUAAAUUUAUUAGAUAAGUUUCAUCAUGAUGAUUCAUCUGAUGAACUUAUGGAAAUUCUAAGUAUUGGAAAUAACAGUCCUUCUACAGUAUCAAUUUUCACUUUUAGUAGUGAUGGAUUUGAAACAAAUGGUGGUGAUUAUGGUGGAGCAGAAAGUAAAUUUCACUAA